AUGAAUCUCCACUCUCUAGGUAAUCUACCGUACUGUCCUUCACCUUCCGACCCCGACGACCACGUUUACUGUUGCCAGUUCUUCACCUUCAAUGGCGACACAUACCCAAGCUGCUGCCGAUUCCCUAUGUAUACAGGACUCGUCUACACUCUCAUUAUAUCCGCAGUAGUACUGUUUUUACUACUCUUGUUUUUGUAUUGCUGGUUCUGGCCGACUAGUCUACUGAACGAGAGGAGGAUGAGGCAGAAACGCAUUAAUCGGCCAAAUGGUUUCUCUAGAGUAAAUGACUCGUCAUUGUAG